AUGUUUUCCUCAUUACUGCCCCGAUCGCUUCCCACUUUUGGACUUGGUCGAGGUGGUACGGGCGAGUCCAUCCAAAUUCCUGCCGUUGAGGUCCAUGACGUUGAAGUCCUCAGUGACAAACGAGGCCGCAGACUUAAACAUUUGCUUCGCCUGAAUCACGCUACAUACUCAAUAUUGUACAAUCGCUUGAGAUUUCAUAACCACACUCCUCAUCACUUAGGCUCUGGCUAUCUACUCGGCGGAACUGCUGAUCAUCUUAACGAUAUAUACGAAGAUGCAGUCGCAAACGAUGGUCACGAGCCUUGGAAAGACUCGCCAUCCGAGAUCGCGCUGCAUGACUAUCGCGACUAUCUCGGAAAACGCGAAUACCAGCGAGCGUGGGUGGAUUUCUUCGAAGAUCAAUUAGUUCUUGAAGGGUACGAAUGGAAAGAUGUUGUAGGAAGAUUUAUCUACGAACGGGGCUCCAAGGGCUCUGCGAAUGAGUGGCCUUUAUUCAAUGCUCUCGUCUCGGGAUUGGGCCACCCUCUCAUCCAUCUCGGGUACGCCUACGAGCUUAAUAGCCGCGAAGUGGCGAUGGAAGCAUUGGGUCUGGCAGCAACGUGCUACGAUCCGAAACUUGCAGGGAUGCUGGAACAUUCGCCUUCCAGUCAGUCGAAUUCAACAAACGAUCUGUACGAGGUCUUUGAGCGUGUACACAGUGACAAAAGGCUUGACGGCGCCUUUGACAAGUAUGGCGGUGACAAUUUGUCGCGACUCCUCGCUGAUGAGGCACUGACGACCAUCCUACUCGAACAUUGGUCAUCUUGGAAGAUAGCCGACCCAACCAGAGACUUUGCUCAAUCUCAACAGUUGGCUACGAACUUGCUCAUCGCCAGCGGACCAGCAGUGGGUGGGCAUGGGUACGAUUUCUUCCUCGUCCACCUUCUGACAACCUCGCAUGCUGUCCGAAUCCUGAUCCCAUUUAUCCCUCGCGAACAUCACGUGAAAAUUGUCCGCGAGUGGCUGUGGAUCACAAUCGCAAUCUACAUUGCGCAGCUCCGGCCCGCCAUCAAGAAAUCAUCCGUCACGAAUUUUGAUCUACGGGGCCGAGAUUGGGCGUUCGCCAAACACACAGCGCUUGAGGGAAAGAAGAAGUUGGACGCGCAUUUUGUCAAGGCCAUUCGUGCGAUCAAGGAGGUCCAUAAGCUGUGGGGUGAUCCUGAGGACGCCGAGAACUUCUUUCUCAAGGCUGCUGUCAGGCUGGCCAGCGAGUUUGACGGGUGGGGAGGAUUUGGUGCGGAAGAUGAGGAGGCUGAGAGGGAUAUGGAGGAAGAAAUCAAAAAGAGACGGGCACAGUAA